AUAAAAACCAUGUCAUUAUUCUCGUCACUUGUUCAUAAUGUACGGGGGCAGCUAAUCGCUCGAAUAAUAUCGUUCGCUAUAAAUAUGUAUCUUUUGCGGAGGAUCAAUAACGAUGUUUUAGGAUUAGUGAAUGUGAGAUUAACCCUUCUCUACUCGUCAAUCCUCUUUCUCACUCGAGAACCACUCCGGAAAGCUGAAAUAAUUCGCGGAUCUUUGCCGAAAUUCAUCAAUUUACUCUGGCUCAGCCCUAUUAUUUCUACAGUUAUUAGCGUAGUCUGUGUAUAUCUUUGGUAUGCAUUCUCGUCGACUUCGGAUGAAGUUUCAUGGAGUGUUCUUCUCUCUUUUCCGAUCUCUGCGAUUAUUGAAUCCAUUGCCGAACCGUUUUCUGUGAUUUCUUUGAGAUUAGAAUCAAAAUGCGGUUCUCUCGCCCAACACUUUGCAAUCGGACAAGGAAUGCUGAUCUGUGUGAAGAGAAUUUUCGUGCUCGCCGGAUUAUUCAUGUUUCCCGGAAUGUACCAUUUGGAAUUGUUCGCCUAUGCUCAAUAUAUCGGAGCCAUCGCGUAUCUUCUCUUCAAUUUUGUCGCCUUCUACAUUUACAUCCGGAACAAGUCGAUUCCUGAACUUGAGCAAUUCUCAACGUUCUCGGAUCUUUUCCCGAAAUUCAGCGAAGGAAUCGAUCGAGAUUCGAUUCAUGCAGUAUUCACAAUGUUUUCUCACUCGAUUUUGAAGCAAUUGUUGACCGAUGGAAGUGCUUAUGUGAUGACAUUCACUGAGCUUCUUAGCUUGAAGGAUCAAGCUGUAUACGACGCCGUUGAACGAGUCGGAAGCAUCAUCGUCCGGACGAUUCUAUCACCAAUCGAUGAGAACUGCAAUGCCUAUUUCUCCAACACAAUUCGUAAAGAAAGCAGCGUUUUCAACAAGAAUACAGAUAAUCACGAUGAUUUGGUGGAUACUUUAUCCAAAGUACUCCAUGUAGUCGGAGUAAUUGGAUUCGUCGCUUGCACAUUCGGAAUUCCGUAUUCACCAGUUGUAAUUUCACUUUAUGGAGGAAAAUUACUUUCUGAAAAUGGAGGAGCACUUCUACUUUCUCUGUACUCUGGCUAUAUUCUUGUGACGGCGAUUAAUGGAAUAACUGAGGGAUUCGCAAUGGCAAGUAUGGAUAAUCGACAGAUUUUCACUCACGGAAAAUUCCUUUUUGUCACGUCGAUCAUUCAUCUUAUUAUUAAUUAUGUGCUUUGUGUGUACAUGAAUUCUGCAGGAUUUAUUGUGGCGAAUAUUAUUAACAUGUCUGUUAGGAUUAUUUAUAACUGGCGUACCAUUCGCGAAUAUCUCGGCGAUAAAUGUCCAUCCUUCACAGAAGUACUCCCAACUGGUCAGACAUCAAUAUUCCUGGGAGUUUCACUACUUGCAACUUCCUUUACAUAUUUGUUAUUCGCUACAACACCUGGCCUAUCCUAUACACUUGCCCACAUCGCUAUCGGAGCUGUGUGCCUGAUUCUCACCGCCCAAGACACUGCUCAACAUGAUUCCGUCUUCACUGUGAUUGUCGAUUCAUUGGCAAAAAAGCACAGAGAUUGAUUUAUUGGGACUUUAAAUUUUCAUUUUUUUUGUACCUCGUCACUUUUUAUAUCGGGUCUUUUAUUUAUUUCAAUAUUUUGGUUUCUCGAAUUGAAUUUCUGAAGAUAAAAAUAUUAAUUUGAAU